AUGGAGGCGGCGUCGGGCGAGCCGGGCGAGCGGCCGGCGCUCUGGGAGCUGGUGCAGGAGGCCGAGAGCAGCCUGCUCGAGUGCCAGGUGUGCUUCGAGCGCUUCGAGCCGCGCACGCCGCGCCGGCCGCGCAGCCUGCCGUGCGGCCACGUGCUGUGCGUGUCGUGCGUGCGCGAGCUGACGCACCCGCGGCGCCUGGCCCUCGAGUGUCCCUUCUGCCGCCUGCCGUGCGCGGCGUCGGGCGCGCGGGACUGCCUGCCCCUGCUGCACCUGCUGGAGCUGCUGGCGUCCGAGCUGCGGCCGCGGCCCGGCGCGCGCGCCGCCCCCCGCGUCCCCGGCGCCCCCCGCGCCUUCGGGGGCUGGGGGACCCUGGUGCACCCCACGGGGCUGGCGCUGUGCCCGCGGAGCGCGCGCGUGGCGGUGGUGCACGACGGCGAGAAGCGCGUGCGCACCUGCGACCUGUGGGGCGGCCACGCGCGGCAGUUCGGCGAGAGGGGUCGGGCCGCCGAGGACGUGCAGUACCCGCUGGACGUCACGGUGACCCGCGACGGCCACGUCGUCGUCACGGACGCCGGCGAUCGCGCCGUCAAGGUCUUCGACGCCCGGGGCCGCUGCAAGCUGGUGCUGGGCGGCCGCUUCGCCCUCCCCUGGGGGGUGGACGCCUGCCCCGACGACGACGGCGACGGUGGCGGCGCCGUGGUGCUGGUGACCGACGCGGAGGUGGGGAGCCUGCACCGCCUGGAGCUGGACCCGGCGGCCGGGACUCUGCGGGGCAGCGUCCAGCUGCGGGGACAGCUGCGCGGGCCGCGCGCCGUGGCCGUGUGCCGGCUCAGCGGGGCCGUGGCGGUGCUCGAGCGCCCCCUGGCGUCCCGGGCGGGUGGCGCGGCGGGCGCGGCAGGCGCGGUGGUCAAGGUGUUCAGCGCCCACAUGCAGCUGCUGGCCCAGGUGGACAGCUUCGGGCUGAGCCUCCUCUGCCCCACCCCGAUCGCCGUCUCCGCCGUGGCCUUCGACAACCAGGGCAACGUGGUGGUCACCGAUACGGCCGGCCCGGCCGUCCUGUGCCUCGGGAAGCCGCAGGAGAUGCCCGUGGUGAAGGUGGUCGUCACCCACGGGCUGGUCCGUCCCGUGGCCCUGGCCUUCACCAAGCAGAACUCGCUUCUGGUGCUCGACAGUCAGACCCAUUCCGUCAACGUCUACAGGCUCGUCGACGGGGAGUGA